AUGGCACGUGAGUAUUCCAUUUUUUUUUUCGGUGGAAUAAUUCGAAAAAAAAGAACGUGUUUUAAAACGGAGUGAGUUCCAGGGCGUGAACGAAAAUUACCGGGUGGGGUGAAGCUGCAAAUGCCGAAUCCCUUGGAAACGCCAACGAUGAAUCUCGACGACAGAUGCAAGAUCAAGUUCGUUAUAUUCUGUCACAAUUUUUUUCUUUUCAUCUUUUUACUUUUCAUAAAGGCUUUUGAUCUUGAUUAGGUGAGAUUUUUGAAAAAAAUCUUUUUGAGUAAGAUCUAGGAACUCUCUGCCUCCAAAAAAAUUUGAGAAGAGACGCCAAUUUUUUUAUCUGAUUUUGUGCAUUUUGACUCUCUCGGGACUCCAGAAAGGGUUCCAAAAAACUUUUUUAUUCAUUUCGUGCGUAAAGUUAGAUUAGAAACAGCCCGAAAGUUUCAAUAAUCUUAUAAUAUGAAGCUUUGAACACCCUUAAAAUAACUAUUCAAGAAAAAAACUCCUCUGAAAAAGUUGGCAACUUUUUCAUAAGUAGUCUAUAUUGUUUGCUUUCAUCAGGCUGAAGAUAACCUUUUUAUUUGUAGGCUGACCAAUGAGGCAGAUGAGAUUGACAUCUGCGCGACGGAUUUGAUGGUAAUUGAAGAACUCGGCAAAGGCGGGUACGGCAUCGUUGAGAAAAUGGAACACAAGCAGAGUGGUAUCAUAAUGGCGGUGAAGGUUAGUUUUUGACGGAAAAAAGGAUGAAUAGGGGAGAAAAUACUAGAAAAAAAGAGAAGACUCAGUGGACAAGCUUGAAACUUUCAUUUCAAAUUAUUCUAUCAUUCUUUGAAGUUUUUUUAAAUUUUGAAAUAUAGUCUUCAAAAAAAUUUGAAACUUACUUCAUGAUUCCGGAACUAGAUUUUUUUGGCUUGAAAUACAAGAAUCUCAUUCAAAAACGCUUAGAGAGUGGUUGAGUGAAAAAAACCUUAAUCUUGCCACAAACGUUCUUUUUUUACUUUUUAAUAAAAAAAUUUUUUUCUCAUUCUUAUCUUUUUUUAAAAAAGUUCCCGAUAACUUUUGCAGUCUCAAAGCAAUUUUUAAAAAAACCCCAAUUUUUCAAAAAGAUUCUCAAAAAAAUCAUUUUUUUCAGUCUCCAGAUUCUUUUAAAUUUCUAACCGUUUUUCAGAGGAUAAAAUCAUCAAUAAACGAUCAGUCGCAAAAGCAGAUGCUUACUGAACUCGAAGCAUGUAAAAGGAGCGAUUGCUGCCCUCAGGUUGGUGCUGAACGAAUUCCAUCAGAAUUUUCUAGUCAUCUGGAAAAGAAUGUGCAUCAAGAGUGAGAAUCUUGCAAAAAUAAUCUCACUUGGAAGCAAGGUUUUCAUUGAAGCAUUUUUCACAUAAGACAAAUCUCCCAGCAUUUUAUAUCCUUUUUACCAAUUCGAACCUAUUCUAUCUCUUAAGAUGGUCCGGUUCUACGGAGCCAUGUUCCGAGAAGGCGACGUCUGGAUUUGCAUGGAAGUAAUGGACACUUCUUUGGACAAGUUCUACAAGAAGAUCUAUCGGAUCGGCAGACGUGUCCCAGAACUUUUCAUCGCUAAAAUGACCCUCUCUGUGGUCGAAGGGCUGAAUUUCAUGAAGGAACAGAUGCAUCUCAUCCAUCGCGACGUCAAACCCUCCAAUAUUCUUUUGAACCGGCAUGGACAGGUCAAGAUAUGUGACUUUGGAAUUUCCGGUCAUCUGACGAAUAGUUUAGCGAAGGUAGGAUAUUUUUCUUUUCGAUGACAAAAAAUAGUGAGUUCAGACUGUUCAAGCCGGCUGUAAACCUUAUAUGCCUCCCGAGAGGAUAGAUGGGGAGACAAAGUCGGCCUACGAUGUCCGAGCUGACGUUUGGAGCCUGGGCAUCACAAUCGUUAGUUUCAACCUCUUUUGAAAUAAUUUGAGGGUGAAAAAUUCUCCUCAAUUAUUGGUAGAUUUUUUAGAGUUGACCAAGAGUACUUUAUACUGGACAAGGUUUGAAAAGAAAAAAUUGAAAAUCCUCAGUUUUUGAGUGAACAUGGCUGUUAGUUCCAAAAACUUAUUCAAAUGACGUUUAGAGAUUUCAUGUGACUUCAAGGAGUUUUUUAUGACAUUCAUUAUAAUGGAUAGAGUGGAGAAAAAACUGCAAAAACUAGCUUAUACAACGACCAAAAAUAGACAAUGUAACUUUUUCAUUUUUUGAUUUUUCAGGUAGAAAUCGCUACCGGUACUCACCCAUAUUCCACUUGGAAAACUCCGUUCGAGCAAUUAAAACAGGUCUUUUUCUUGACUCAAGAGAUCCUAAAAAUCAUUGGAAGUCCAGGUAGUCAAAGAGCCACCACCAAAGCUUCCAAGGGACGGGUUCACGCUGGAUUGUCAGUAUUUCGUGAAAAGAUGGUGAGUCAGCAAUUAUUAUCGGGUUGGUAUGGGGCUGAUUAGGUUUUCUGGAAAGCCGAAACCUUGUUUUACAAGGAAAAAAAGUUUCUGAUUGAAAAUCGAAGUUUCUUUGAAAAUAUGACUUUUCGAAUCUCAAGAAAAUUUUUCAUUUUAACGAUUUUCGGGUUUUUGCUCACAAAUCUGGUCUGACUUGAGCAAACCAAAUUUAUUCUUAGAAAUGAGUUACUGAUUAGCUGCUUGAAAUCUUUGCAUAGUUUCAAGUCAUUUGAGCCACUUUCAAAGAAGUUAUGAUCAAAUAACCACUUUGAAAUACCAUUAUGGCCGGUACUGUAUGAAGAAAAAAAGAUGGAAAACUGGAAAAUUUCAAUUUUGGCUGGGAAAAAUAUUCCAAAAAAUUAUCAAAGUUGGACUUGGCUUGAAAUUUUCCUGAUGAUAAAUAAUAUCUCAACCUGAAAUGCACUAUGAAGUUCUAAAAAAAGGCAUUCAUACGAAAAAAAAGAGCAAAAGAACAAAAAGUUUCAGCAAAAAAGUUCCGUUUGUUAUUCAAAUUUACCAUGAAUAUUCCAUCUUUUUACAGUUUGGAAAAAGACUAUAACGAACGGCCAAAGUAUCCGGAGCUUCUGGCAAUGCCAUUUCUUGAAAUGGCUCGCAACGACAAAUCCUUCAUCAUGGCGAAGUUCAUCAAUGAUGUUUGUCUGAGAUUUUUAGAAUCUAUUCCAAAAUUAUCAUUUUUUCAGCUGCUGGACGCACCUUCAAAUGCCCCUCAGACGUCGACAAAACCACCGUCUUGA